AAUAUAAUAAGUUUGUCAUCACAGUUAUCUGCAAAUUCAGGAGAGGCUGCUAACUGUGAGUCAAAAGUGACAACAAGAAUGCAUAUGCACUUAGGUAAGAACCAACUAUGCAUUUGCCUAAAUAAAUCACUAAUUACCAAAUUUAGGAAAUAAAUUGCAACUAUCGAUCAACCCCAUCACACAAUCUCAACCCUUUAAUAAUCUCGCCGCCUUCUCUAAUUCCUAAAUAUUAUCUUCCAGUCACGUCCUCCCAAUCAAUUGGCUCUCUUCUCUCCUCUUCUCUUUUCCCUUAUUGUUUGUCUAGAUUCUUCGUCUGCCACCAACCCGCCGCCGUAUGAUCUCUUUGGUGGUGGCGAUUACACCAUAUAUUUGUUAGUUUUAUUGUUAUGGGCUGCAAUGGCUCAAGGCUAGGAGGUGCGGCAGCUGCGAGAACAGAUGAGGGCGGCGUUGUACCACUUCCCGCGGGAAUACGUCCGCUUCUCCGGCGAAGAUUAGAGGAGAUGAAGAAACGGAGCCAUGCAAGCGUCUUGAAAGGAAACCAGACGUUGUCCAAGAAGGAGCUUCUAAGGCACGGCUCCUCUGAGGUCGACGACGGAGAAGAGAUGGAGGAGAAACACGACAGCUUGAAGUUGUCGGCUAAGGUUGCUCCUGUGCCUGAUCAUCACGUGGAAGAGAAGAAAGAGGUUAUUUAUGAAAAGAUUUCGUCGAGAGAUGGUGUUAAAGAAGUGAAGAAAGAGGAGGAAAUUGUGAAGAAACAAGAUGAAGACAAUCAUCAUCAUGGUGUCGUUGAUGAUGUAGCCAUGAAUGUUAACAAAGAGGGAGAUAAUGGUUCUAACCAUAAUGAGCAUGACAAGGUCAUCAAUGAUAAGAAGGAUGAAGAUGAUAGUGUUGAUCAUGAUGAAGGGAGGAUGAGCAACUUUGAUGAGAGGAUGAUAUGUCCUGGAUCUCCAAGCUUUAGGGUUUAUUGCAUCGAUGUUACUUCUGAUGAUGAUGAAGAAGAAGAAAAAGAUGCUGAAGACACGAGAAAGUCGAUGGAAUCCGAAAGCGUCCUCAUAGAAUCAAAAGAGGAUGAAAGCAUCGUUAAAAAGGAGAAAAGAGAAAGAAAAGGAAAGAGAUUCGGAAUAGCAUUGCCAAGGAAGUAUUUGGCUAAUGUGACUGCAGGAUGCAUGGGCAACCACACUCAUGCUCGUCUGAUGCAAGAGAAAUCGAGCCAGUGAUCUAAAUAUGUUUGCCAUCUUUGAAUUGAUUUGGUCAAGGAAGAACGGUGUGUUGUACGUACGGACGAUGCAUAAUCAAAAGAUACCCCAUCAUGUAAUCUGUUAAUUAGACCUUUGAUUUAUUUUGAGGGACUCUUGUUUCAGAAUUAGUACAAUCUCUUCUUCAUCUUUGCUUUCUCUGAGAAUAAGUUAGUGUUUGACAAAUUUUACUUCUUUUUCACGUGGACAGAUUAAGUAAUUGAACUUGUGCAAUUAAAAAAUGGGAGAACUAGCAAAAUAAGUCAUUCUCAACUUUAUUUGUCAGAACUUUUGAUCUUUUAGACCAUUUUGGAACAUGUUUUACCAAUUUGUAACAUAAAAAUAGUAAUUUAAGUUUCUAAGGUUUCUUGCAGAUUAUA